CGGAAGCGCCGGCGGAGCGUGUGCAUGGCGCGCGAGUCCUCUGUCUCGGAGGCUGACUCCGCCACCGCCGCGCUCUUCGCCUGGGGUGCAAAUAGCUACGGGCAGCUUGGCCUUGGCCAUAAGGAAGAUGUGCUUCUGCCCCAGCAGCUGAGUGACUUCUGGGGGCCUAGGUGUAUCAAGAGCAUCACAGGAGGAGGGGGCCAUUCUGCAGCUGUCACAGAUGGAGGAGGACUUUUUGUUUGUGGCCUGAAUAAAGAUGGGCAGUUGGGACUCGGUCACACGGAGGAUGUCCUGUGUUUUACCGUUUGCAAGCCUCUCUUUAGUUGUCCAAUACGACAGGUGGCCUGUGGCUGGGAUUUUAUCAUCGUGCUCACAGAAACAGGUCAAGUUCUGUCCUGUGGAUCCAAUGCCUUUGGCCAGUUAGGUGUGCCAAAUGGCCCUCGCCGAUGUGUGGUGCCCCAGGCCGUUGAGCUCCUGAGAGAGAAGGUUGUUUGUGUCGCUGCUGGACUGAGGCAUGCAUUAGCCACUACAGUGCAUGGCAGUGUGUUCCAGUGGGGGACUGGCUUGGCAUCUUCGGGACGACGCUCGUGUCCUGGAAAGACUCUCCCAUUGUUUUUGACGGCAAAGGAACCAAGCAGAGUGACAGGCCUAGAGAAUUGUACAGCGGUAUGUGUUGUUGCCGGAUCUGACCACUCGGCCUCAUUAACAGAUACAGGAGAGCUGUAUGUCUGGGGCCGGAACAAAUACGGGCAACUAGCCUCCCCGGCUGCGUUCCUCCUCCUGCCUCAGAGAAUAGAUGCGCGUUGCUUUCAGGAUGAAAAGGUCUCUGCUCUCUGGAGUGGCUGGACACACCUGGUUGCUCAGACAGAAACUGGCAAGGUGUUUACCUGGGGUCGAGCAGACUAUGGUCAGCUAGGGAGGAGGUUGGAGUCUCCUGAAGGCCAGAAACCUGGCAAGCAAGAUUCAUCACUCGCCUUCUGGAGGCCACAGAGCAGUGUGCCUUCACCUCUGCAUUGCCUAACAGGAGCAACUGAGAUUUCUUGCGGCUCAGAGCACAAUUUGGCAGUAAUUAGUGGCAAGUGUUGCUCCUGGGGCUGGAACGAGCACGGCAUGUGUGGGGACGGCACUGAGUCCAACGUCUGGACUCCAGCUCCAGUGCAGGCCUUCCAAUCACCGGUGCGACUCCUCCUCGUGGGCUGUGGGGCUGGCCACUCCUUGGCCUUAUGUCAGCUGCCAGCACACCCUGGGCCAUGCCAGGAUCUCAAGGUCACCUACCCACUGCAAGAUGCCACAGAGAACAGUGAAUCUCAGGAUGCCAUGGACAGAGAGAGGCUGGAAGGAGAGAAGAUCAGUAACUUCAGCCUGAACCCCUUCUGGCAGGAUGAGAAGUGAGGGCCCAUGAGGAGCACCUUUAAUAAAGUGGCUUAUCCCAA